AACAACCUUUUACUUUGACGUUUGUUAUCUAUAGAUUAUUUGGAAUAUAAGUCGCAUUUCAGUCGUCCUCCUCCAGAAGAGAAGCAGCGGCAGCAGACAGAACAAGGAGUUUGAAUCGCUAUAUAUCUAUUUUUAUAUUUUCUUGGACUACUUUUGCGAAAAAAAAUCUCAAGAUGACUACCUACUUCAGCUAUCCCUCCGAAGAAUUGCAAAAGGAACUCAGCCGCAUUGCACAGGCAAUUGUUGCCCCCGGCAAAGGCAUCUUGGCUGCUGAUGAAUCUGUUUCGACAAUGGGAAAGCGUUUGAAGGAUAUCGGUGUCGAAAACACUGAAGACAACCGCCGCCAGUACCGCCAACUUUUGUUUACUACUGACCCCAAAGUAUCUGAAAAUAUCUCUGGUGUUAUUUUGUUCCACGAGACAUUGUACCAAAAGGCUGAUGAUGGCACUCCCUUCGUGGAAUUAUUGAAGAAGCGAGGUAUUAUCCCCGGUAUCAAGGUCGACAAAGGUGUUGUACCAUUGAUGGGCUCCGAAGAUGAAUGCACCACCCAAGGUUUGGAUGACUUGGCCAGCCGCUGCGCCCAAUAUAAGAAGGACGGUUGUGAUUUCGCUAAGUGGCGUUGUGUUUUGAAGAUUGGCAAGAACACCCCAUCUUACCAAUCCAUCUUGGAGAACGCUAAUGUUUUGGCUCGUUAUGCUUCUAUCUGUCAAUCGCAAGGCAUUGUUCCCAUUGUAGAGCCUGAAGUAUUGCCCGAUGGUGACCAUGAUUUGGAUCGUGCCCAAAAAGUAACAGAAACCGUUUUGGCUGCUGUGUACAAAGCUUUGAACGACCAUCAUGUAUUUUUGGAAGGUACUCUCUUGAAACCUAACAUGGUAACAGCUGGCCAAUCCUGCGCCAAAAAAUACACUCCUGAACAAGUUGCUUUUGCAACUGUGACAGCUCUGCGUCGCACCGUUCCCGCUGCCGUUCCCGGUAUCACCUUCUUGUCUGGCGGCCAAUCCGAAGAGGAAGCUUCUGUUCACUUGAACGCCAUUAACAACGUUCCUCUGUUGAAACCAUGGGCAUUGACCUUCUCAUAUGGUCGUGCUUUGCAAGCUUCCGUCCUCCGCGCUUGGGGUGGAAAGAAAGAAAAUGUUGCUGCUGGACAAAAUGAAUUGCUUAAACGCGCCAAGGGUAAUGGCGAAGCUGCUGUUGGUAAAUACGUUGCCGGCAGUGUAGUUGGCGCUGGUGCCGACGCUACACUAUUCGUUGCCAAUCAUGCCUACUAAAUGGUAGGUCAACCUGUUCUAAAUGACAAGAGAUUGGAAGUUAAUUGUUUGGCAAUUUAUUUUUAAGUAAUACAUACAUUUAGCCUAUUAUUUGAUGGAGACAACAACAUUGUUUAGAAAUUUAAAUGUCUAUAUUAAGCAAAAAACUGCAACGUCAACGCGCAACCAACUUGUUUAAAUUUUAUCGUUAAGUCCACGCUAUAAACAUAGAGUACCUUCAUCUGAAAUCAAUAAAAAACAUACAAAAAAUAAGCUUGAACAUUUGAUUCAAACAGA